AUGAUCAUCACAGGAGUGAAACAAUCAAUUAAAGGCUACCUAAGGACACGCCGUAUGAUUCUUCAUCCAGUUUUUAUCCUUAUGAAUGUAAUUUCCACUUAGCUUUGCAUCGCUAUUUGGAUUAAUUAUAAAAAACAAGCAUUUGCAGCUGUAGGUCUAAGCUGAGUAUUUUUUAUUUAGUUAUUCUUUGAAAUGACUGUUGAUUUAAUAGCAACAAUAGCUUUAAUUAUAUGUGGAUUUACUAUUAGAAGCUGGAGAAACUUCUUCUUACUCCCCCUUUGAAUUAGAGCAAAUUUUCAUUUUUUGAGUACUUUAACUCCCCUUUAACAAUUUUUUCAAUAGGAUAUUUUUAUAGGUGAAAUACGAGAGUUUAUAAAACUAGUUUUGACCGAAUUUAAUGGGAGAAUUCUCGAGUAAAUUAUUAUCUAAAUAGUUUUCACAAUAAUAAAAUUACUUUUUUUAUUAAAUUUUUAUAUAAAAUCAUUUUUAAAACCAUAUUAGCCCUUUAAAUUGGAAUAGGGAUUUUUUCCUAUUUAUAAAGGGGAGCUAGGUGGCAGAUCUGGCAUUAUGAUGGCAUGUGGAUCUGGAUUGACUUUAGUCUGGGUAGCUCAGCUGUUCUUCUGCAAUGGCUUAAGGCUAACAUCACCUGCAGUGACAGCCCCAUGAAUGCUUUUAACUCCCAGCUUGGUCGGAAUGUUUGGAAUGUUUCUAAAGUAUGAGUCAAGUAAAAAACUCAAAUGGCUUGGUGUUGGAGUUUCAUUAUCUGGAGUAGUUGGUAUCAUUGUUUAUGCCAACUUUACACAUGCGACGCACAUAGGUGGGCUUUUUUCACUGAUGACUCAUAGCGUUGGGCUUGCUAUAGGAUUAGUCUUAUGGAGAAAUGUAUUAAAGAUAUCAAAACAAUCGCCACUAAUUGUAGCUACUUGGGCAGUUGGAACUGGGACUAUUUGCAUGAUGAUUACUUAUACACAACAAGAAUACUUUUGGGCAAGGCCAAUUGAUAUAGAAAAAGAUCUUAAUGGCUUGAAGGAGAUUAUAGGGGCUGUUACUGUGAUAUCUAUGGCUUAUACAUGCAAUUAUGUAAUUCUUGCAUGGGCUGCAAGGAAAUCAUCAAUUUCUAUCCUCGCUCUUUAUGCUAGUGUAAGGCCAAUAUUCACUGAGCUAGCUAGUUUUAUAGUAACAGGAUCAUACACAGCAAUUGAAGUGGUAAUUUCCUGUAUUCUGUUGGUUACAGUCCUUACUGGGCUAUUAAUUACCACAUACAGUAAGAAGAAAGAGAAAAAAUCAAUCCUAACUCUCUUUGCAUAAAUAUUUUUUAUAAUAGUAAGAUUUUCCUAUUCAAUAUAAAAAUAUGGCUAUUGGAGGGAUAAGAAGACAAGAUGAAAGAAUUGAAGGCAGACUGCAAAGCAACUUUGAGAAUCUUGCGCCUGAGUACCAGCCAUCAGCAGAAUCCCCACCUGUGUGGGCAGAUUUUUUUCCCUCUAGGCAUUUUGCUCGUGUGGCAUUUGGUCAAAGUUUGUUUCCUCAUAAGGGAUUUAUCAAAUUUAAUGUUUUUUAGGAAAAUGUAUCAUGAGGAAAAUUUCGACCUUUAUUUCCUGAUGAAAAAUCUUACUAGCAAAAAUUCUCUAUCAAAUGACAUAUCCCUCCAGUGUAUAAAAAGUUAGUUAAUAAUUAA